AUGGUCCGAGUCCCUCGGUGGCCGGCGUGGCGCCGGGCGGCGGCCGCAUCGCUGCUGUUCACCACCAGCCCGCUGGUCGCGGCGUACGACCUCGAUCCCAACUCGACCGAAUCCGUCACCACAAUUGCCAAGCAAAUGGCCGAUGACAUGCUUUCUUGGUACAACGGCGACAAGCCCGGCGGCACGCCUGGUCUACUACCAGACCCAUACUACUGGUGGGAGGCCGGCGCCAUGAUGGGCGCUUUAAUCGACUACUGGUAUUACACCAAGGACGAUUCAUACAACAAUCUCAUCACUCAAGCCCUCCUCUUCCAAGUGGGCGACACCAACGACUACAUGCCGCGAAACCAGACCCUCACUGAAGGCAACGACGACCAGGGCUUCUGGGGCCUCUCGGUCAUGUCGGCGGCCGAGUACAAUUUCCCGAACCCUCCUGCUGACAAGCCACAAUGGCUCGGGCUGGCGCAAGCCGUCUUCAACACGCAAGCCGCACGAUGGGACACGGAGCACUGCAACGGCGGUCUGAGGUGGCAGAUCUUCAGUUGGAACAACGGCUACGACUACAAAAACUCCAUCUCGCAGGCGUGCUUCUUCGCCCUCGGCGCGCGUCUUGCCCUGUACACGGGCAAUCAGUCAUACGCCGACUGGGCAGUCAAGACAUGGGACUGGAUGGUGGGCGUCGACUUCAUCGACAAGUACUGGCGUGUCCUCGACGGGGCACAUACGGGACCCAAUUGCACAGACAUCGUCCCGUAUCAGUUCUCCUACAACGCCGGCGGCUUUAUCCUCGGCGCCGCCGCCAUGUACAACUAUACCGAGGAUUCUAUGUGGAAAGACCGCCUGGACAAUCUGGUCGAGGGCGCCAAGGUGUUCUUCACUGGGCCAAACAAGGAUAUCAUGACAGAGGUUGCAUGUGAGUCGGUCAAUCGCUGCAACCUCGACCAGCAAUCUUUCAAGGCGUACCUCAGCCGCUGGCUGGCUGCCAUCACGAAAUGGGCGCCUCACACGUACGAUGUCGUCAUACCGUACUUGCGGGCGUCGGCGGUAGCCGCCGCGAAGCAAUGUACGGGUGGGAAGAACGGACGCCUAUGCGGGCUGAAAUGGACCACCGACGAGUUCGACGGCAACACAGGAGUUGGACAGCAAAUGGCUGCAAUGGAAGUGACGCUCUCGUGCAUCAUCAAAGAUCGCGGGGCGCCUGUGACACACGACAGGGGCGGGACGAGCAAGGGGGACCCCGGCAGCGGUGGCGACGACGUGGGACGUAACAGCCCCAAGGGUCCCAACUUCAAACCCAUCACCGCUGGCGAUACCGCUGGCGCCGCCAUUCUCACGGUGGUCGUCCUCCUUGCUAUGAUGGCGGGUAUGUUCUGGAUAUUCCUGGACGAAACAUCAGACCAAACGCCAAUGCAGCAAGUCAGGGGCUUUCACGACCUCACAACGGCACAGAUUGCUGCUCUCGCUGCCGGCGGAGGUGGUGCCGCGGCCUUCUGGAAGCGGAGAGGUGAAGACUUUGACGAAAAGACUGGCGCCGCAGUUGGCUCUAUUAGCGAGCGGAGCUCUCGGUCGAGUGCGGAAAACAACAUGAUGAUUGAAGCAGCCCCAAUCAGAAUCGGUGAGGUUCGCAACCAGGGCACCGGCAACCCGCGACGCCUAUCCAACAUGCCUCUGGGGUGGCCAGGUAACCCUUCCCUGCGUUCCAGCUCGACGUUUGAGCCGGGAUAUGCCCGACCAGUGUCGAUGGGCGAACUGGAGGGCUCGACACCAUCGAAUGGCACCGGCUCGUCAGAGUCGAUACCGAAACAGCCGCGAGCUACUGUAAGACGAAGGUAG